AUGGAAGAGCAAGAGAGGAAUGGGCCAGUAAUUAAUAGGGACCAGUCUGUUUCUGGGUCUUAUGCUGCCAUAUCAGAAUCAGUAAUAUCCCAAAAUCAGAAUAGGCCAUUACAAUCAUUUGGUCCAAUACCUGAGGGAAAUAAUAUUGUCCAGAAUAUUGAAGAGGUUCAGGCUUCUGCACAUGUUGCUAUAGCAGAAGAUAAGGCUCCGUUGUUACCUAUCAAUCAUUCUUUUUCAAAACAAACUGAAGGUAUUUCAGCAGUAUCUAAACUAAAUUCUGCUGUUUCUAUGAAUAAUGGUAGUAAUGCCACAAGCUCUAAUUUUAAUCCUAUAAAUUUUGUAUCUCCUAUAAAAAACGUAAGUACUGAACUUAAUGGUAACGUUAAUAAUGGGGCUGGAAAUGCUUCAGGUGGUACCCUGAAUCUAGACUUAUACAAAGCCACUCAACAGAUCCAGGCGGGGAACCAAGUCAAACCAAAUACAACAGUAUUAGUAAACAAUAGUGGUCCUAGUAGUGUUCCUUUUCAUUCUAAUGCUGAAAAAAUUCACCAGCAGCAAAUGAUACUUUUAAAUGCAUUACAACAACAGCAUAUUAAGCAGCAACAACAACAACAACAACAACAACAACAACAGCAACAACAACAGCAACAACAACAGCAACAACAGCAACAACAGCAACAGCAACAACAACAACAACAACAACAACAACAGCAGCAGCAGCAACAACAGCAACAACAACAGUUUUUACAACAACAAGCUCAAAAUCCAUCACAAUUGCACGCACAAUUGCAUGCACAACAGAUCUUUAAUACUAUGGUCCCUCAACAUGCUCAGAUUAAUCCAAUGAUUUUUCAGAAUCCAAUGUUAAUGAAUGCAUUACAAUCAGGUGGAGGAAAUCCAAUUGGUAUUGCACCACAACAAUCUGUUGGUCAACCUCAUCCUCCCCAUCCAAUGGGUUUACAACCUUUUCCUAUGCAUUCACUGUUACUACCAACCCUAUUACAGGCUCAAAUUCAAGCACAAAUGAGACAACCAACUAACCAAUCAGUUCCAUCUAAUAAUACAGUGGAAAAUAGUUCUCUUAUAACAGGAUUAAGUCAAGGUAUAGGAAAACCCAUGGCUAAUUUUCAAGAAGAAGUAAAAUGUGUGGUUAAUGAAAAUAAUGCCUCAGAAGGGGAUGAGAGUAUAACAAAGGACAAAUGUGAGGUAAGCACUGCAAACAACUUGGUGAGUUCUACUUCAACAAAGGAGGAUACUAAAGGGGAUGAUAAUCAUUCUGAAAGUGUAGUGUUGAGUCAAACAUUGAAUGAUGUAAAUAAUACAACCGAGAAUCCACAAACUAAUCAUACUGAGGAAGAAAGCAAAGAAUCUGCGAAAAUGCCUUCUCAAGAAAAAGUUCAAUUACCAGAACUUAAGCCUGAGGCAGAUAAGAUAGAUUCUAGUGCCUCAAUUAAACCAAUUAAACAAUUGGAUUCCAAUUCGGUUAAAACUUCCCCAUCACUAGUUCCAGCUUUGGGAGGGAACCAAAUUACAACCCCAUUAUUAAAUCAGUCUCAGCAGCAGGUACAACAACAAAUUCAACAGCAAACUCAACAAGCAGCAGUAGUUCAAGGAGGAAUAUUACCAGGACUUGGAAUUCCGAUAACUCAAUCAGGAGGAAUCGCAAAUGUUCCUGGAGGACAAGGGGGGGUAGUUAAUCCAUUUUUAAUGAUGCAGAGAAUGCCAGCAACAAACCCAAUGUUUUUGGCCUUCAAUCCUCAACUGGCAGCAGCUGCUGCUGCUGCCGCCGCUGCGUCUACAGGUUCAGGAGGACAAAUUCAGGUACCUGGCUUUCCCCCAAAUAUGCCUCCAAUUAUUCCUACUCAAGGAGGAGCUCAACACCUUCCCCAAAUAAUGGGUUUCAUGGGAUCAGGUGGUGGCGGGGGAGUUGAAGGUUACAAUCCAUUUUUUCCAGGGUUGAAUAUAGGUGGAGAAUAUAUUGGAGCAUUACUUCCUGGGGCUUUGGCUGCAAACGGAAUGAAUAUUGGUGGUGUUAACAAUGCAAAUUCAGGUAUAGGAGGAAAUGCAACUACUGGUACUGGUUUGAAUGGAAUUAUACCAGGUAUAAUAGGACCAGGAAGUGGAGGAGGUUGUUUGUUGGAGAAUGAUCUUGAAAGAUUGCAUUCUCAUGCAGAAAGUCUUGUAAAGACUCUUUUAGAUACAUCAGUACCAAAAUCUGGAAUAAGAUUACGUCUUGAAUGGGAUAGAAGAAGAUAUUGUUUUAAAUUUACAGUAUAUCAAAUAGAAGAAGUAAGGGAUUCUCUUGGGUACCAGAAGAAGAGAUUAAUACCGAUUGAUCAAGAUGAACUAUUUGUUAAUGUGAAUGCAUCUAAACAGCUAAGUAUAGACAAUGUGGAGAAGGCAAUGUGGAGUGCAUUUGUGUCCGUUCGUCAUACUUUGGCAAAAUAUUGUGAUCGUCAAGCUGGUCAACGCCGUCAAAGUGGAUCAGGAAUAGCUUCAGCUACAUCAGGACGAAAUUUAGGGCCUAAUACUUUGAUCAAAAUGGAUGAGAGUGGUAUAAUUUCUGGUAUGGGCGGAAAGUCUAAAUCAUACAAGAAGGAUGAGCUUCUGCAUGGCAGCGGUUUGCUGGAUAGUAAGAAGUACAUUCCGGGUAGUAUUGGGGGAGAAUUGAUUUCCGACUUAUCUAGUAUUGGAACAGCAGCAGCAGCAGCAGGUCUUGGAGGGAGAACAUAUAAAUCUGAUCCAUAUGGUAGUAAUAUAGGAACAAUAGGACAAACAACAGGAACAUCUUUAGCAGGUAACAAUGCCUCUAUUGGUUUAAAAGGAAGAAGAAGUUAUGGGAGUGGUGGUGGUAACACAACCACUACAACCACUAGAUCUGGAAGAUUUGUUUCUCUUAAAUAUGGUUAUGAUGAUAUUUUAAUGAGUGAUGACGACACAAUUUUAGGUGGUGAUCAAGAGUACGUAGGAAGUAGAAAAGGAAGAGGAAAGUCUUCAAAGUAUGGUUCAGGAGCUGUUGUGGGUGGAUCUUCAUCAGGCGAGGAUGAAAAUGCUAUAGUUUCAGGAUCUGUUUCUAGCAACAAUAGAUAUGCAAAAACCUAUUUAACAAGUAAUAGAGGAAAUAGAAGAGGGAAUAAUGGAGCAUAUUCAUCAGGAAGUGCUGUUAACACUGGAGGAAUGAGUACCUAUAGAACAAGAGGUUCAGGAUUAUCAGUUUCAGAUAACUAUGAUUCUUUAGUAGGAGGGAUUACAAUUUCUACAAAUGUUCCUAUAUUUGUAUUACAAAAGGAUGAUCCUAACAAGAAUAGUUACUCUCUUGUGGGAUUAUACGCAGAAUGGGUGGAUAAGAAUACAAUUUGGGAUGUCAGAAAAGGACCAUUCAAAACAGUAUUUGUUUCUGAAAAUGUUAAGGACUUGAACUACUCAUCAGAUAAAAGAGAAACUUUAAAGUUUACUACAAAUAAUUACUUGAAAUGGGAUCCUUCACAUCUUGUAACUGAUUUGAGAGGGAUACAUAUUCCUCUUUCUUUGGCAGGCAAAUACUUUGGACUUUUAAGGAAUGAGAGGACUAAAGGUGAUAAGGAUGGGAAUAAUAAGGUAACAGAGAUCAUUGAAACGACUUCUAAUACUACUACUACUAAUACUAAUAAUAAUAAUAAUAAUAAUAAUAAUAAUAGUAAUGUUGGUAUUAAAAAAGAGGAAUCUUCUCUGGAUUCUAGUACUGGGGUAGGAAAUAAAUCUGUUCCAAUUACUAUUAAAGGAAAUCAUGUUCCAAAUGCUAAUCAAAUAAGAUUUAUAUCUUAUGAGGAUAACUCUAAAAAUAAACAAUUAUCCAAUAAUUUAAGUUUUGGGUCAGAAUCUAAAAAUGGAGAAAAACUUCAGAAUAAGAACCAAGAAGAGCCUGAAAGUAAGCUAUUAGAAAACAAGUUAUUAGAAUUAGAAGCUGUUGAUUCUGUUCUGGUAUUGACAAUUCAAACAACUGCAGCUUUGGAACAAAGAAAGAAACGUGAAAAUAAAAAUUCUUGUAUAUCUGUACCUACUGGAUCAUUCCUAAUAAGAGCUUUUUAUAGUGAUAAUAGUGCUAACAAUAAUGGAAACCAUUCAGAUAGUACCAAUGAAGAUGAGAACAGUUUAGUAAAUGGAGGACAUUCUGGAAAUGGAAUUGAACAUACAAAUCAUCACUUAAUUAAUAUUAAUAAUGAAGAAAUUGAAGAAUACAAAUAUCUUGUAUUGAGAUUCAUGCAUCAAAAAAAUGGAAAUGAUUAUUAUCAUUUAAUGGAGAAUUACAACAAUAAUAAUCAUGUAAAGGCUGAUGAAAUGAUCUCGGAAACUCAAUCAUUAGAAGUAAAGGACUCUGGAAACAUUACAGAAACAAUCAAUGACUCAUUGAAAAAUACAAAUUCUCAAAAUACAGCAGUAACAGGAAGAAUUCCUUCCAGAGGACUUAAAAGAAGAUGUUCAAUGAGAAACCAGACAGAUAUUUCCAUGAAUGGGAAUGGAGUUGAAGCUAAUUCAACCAUAUUAGAAAAUAAUAGUGGGGAUGCUGAUGAAAACUCAUCUAUGCCAGUAACAGGUACAAAUAUUAAUUCGAAUUCAGGUAGCAACUCAUCAUUAACGGUUUUAGGAGAAGGAGGAAACGGUACUACUAGUAAUAACAAUAACGGAGUAUCUUCAUUAUAUGGGGGACCAGUUGAUGAUACUGUCUCUUCAGGAGGAGCAAUUGCAGUUUCUGCAAUGCUGGAAGGACUAAUUACUACUGUAAGGGGAAGCUCAGGAGACAAAUACAGGCAACAACAAUUAAUGCAAGCGUACCCUCAGAAUAGAUUUGUAGCUAAGAAGAAAUGCAAAGAGACUAACGAGAUGUUGGCAAAGUAUGUUAACGACUUGGCUAGUGAAUAUUGUCAUCGCAAUUAUGGCUCUAGUAACUUAGCUGAUGGUUAUAUUAACGCUUUCAAUAGUCAUGUUUUAAAAAACUUUAAUAAGUAA